ACUGUAUCUAUAGUUAGUGAAUGUUAUCAUUUCAUUAUGUUAAAUUAAAAUAACAAAUUAUUAUUUAUGUAGGACGCAAGUCAAAAUUUUAUAUUGUCAAUCUUAUAAUUACCGUUAUUUCAGUAUCUAAUCUCAAGUCAAUUUUUUUCUGUUUAAUACAUAAUGGAUACUUUAAAAAAAGUUCCGAAGAUGGCAGUUUUUGAUUUAGGUAUGCCAUAUAAACGCUUAAAAUAUUUUCCUAUUAGCUUAACAUACAAGUAAGUUACAGUACUUAAAUCUUAAUAUCUGGACUUAAUUCUAUGAGUAAAAAUAUAUUAUUCAGCAUAAUCAAUGUUUAGGACUAAAUAAAAUGGAAUACAAUAUAGGUACCUUACAAUAUUCUAAAAUAAUAUUUAUAUUGUAGAUUAUACAUUGUGGCCAUUUUGGGUUGACACUCACGUGAAUCCUCCUUUUCAUAAAAACUCGUGAGUAAUUGUUUGGUUUUAAUAUUGUUAAUUUUUGUGUUAAACUCAUCAACAGUUUAAAUUUGUAGUGCUGGUAAAGUAGUAGAUUACAGAGGAAGUGUAAUUAAACAUUAUCCAGAAACGCCAAAAAUUUUAAAAUAUCUUAACGAAAACAAUAUUGGUAUAAGUGUUGCUUCAAGAACUGGAGAAACAGAUGGAGCCGAACAGCUUAUACAGUUAUUUGGUUGGAAUAAAUAUUUUCAGAAUAAACAAAUAUAUCCUGGUAGCAAAGACACUCAUAUAAACAGGCAAGUAUAAAAUAUUACCAUAAGAUAGGGUGGAGUCACUACCUAUGGCCAUCCUAAAGAAUUGUUCUAUUAAUAUUUGAUUUAAUCUACCUUAGGUUAUUGAAAAAAAAUAAAAAUAUAACCAUGGAUACAUUGUAAGUUUACCGAUAAUUAAUUUGAAUUGUAAAGUCUUAAUAAUAUUAAUAUGGAAAUAAGUGUCCAUAACAGGGAUAUUGGCUACAAUUUGUGACUCCACCUUAUAUUACUUAAACUUAAUUAUUAAUGUUUGGUUAUAUAAAUUAUAGGAUAAGCAAAGCGUGCAAAAUUGAAUUGAAAGAUAUGAUAUUUUUUGAUGAUGAACACCGUAACAUUGUUGAUUUGGAACGUUUAGGAGUAGUAUCCAUUUUAGUAAAAAAUGGAAUGACAAUGAAAGUUUUAAUGGAUGGACUAAACAAAUUUUCAGAUGCAAGAAUGUCAAAUGAAUAACUUGUUUGAAUUUGCAAUUUUUUGCGAUUCUAAAUAAAAGUUAUAAAAUAUACUAGAUUAUAAAGUGAGCAAAGGAAUUAUUAAGUCACUAGUUUUCUAAUAUUUUUUUUUUUUUUUUUAAUUACUUUUAUUUUAGAAAAAGUACUAUACUUAAAUACAACCUUCCUUCAUUUUUAAAUUAGUUAUUUUUUUAAUUUUAAAAAAUGCAGUCUAAAUUAAAGUUGAAAGUUUUGAACAGAAUUUAUAAAUAAUAUCUUGACCAUUUAGUAGUGAACGUAUUAUAGCUCCGAAUACAAUGAUUUUAUCAUUAUUUUAAAAGUUAAUAUUGAUUUUUUUUUUUUUUAAAUUGACUUAUUUAAAAGAACUAUUAAUACAAUUUACUUUAUAAUUAAGUUAUAAUUUAAAAUUUAAAUAGUUUACUCAUUUACUUUUAGCUCUCUGUCUAACUUCAAUUGUAAAGUGAAACGAGAUUGUUAAAGUUGUUGGUUGUAUGUCAAUUUUCAAAAUACCAAUGUCAUUAAUAGAAUAGCAUAUGCAUAAUUGAAGACGAGCAAGAGUCUGUGUUGUCAUUUUUAAUAACAGACCUUCAUUUAAGUCAUCACACAUGCUUAAAUAAUCAGGAAAGUUUUUCAUGGCAUAUCAAGAAUUGAACAUUCUUUUGAACAGUUUUUGUCUAUAUAUAAUAGAAAAGAGUAAGGACUUACAUGUUUUAAACUGUUUAAGUAUUAUAAUAAAUAAUAAUACAUUAUUUAUUUGAAAGUAAUACCUAAUUCAAAUAAACAUUUGAAUAUGGAUUACUAUAGUACUGAUAACCCUAAAAAUAUACCAAUGUAAACUUUAUAAUAUUUAGUUGUAAAUAAAGGGGUAAAUUUAUGAUAUUUUUUGAUAAUAUGAUUUUAUUUUGUAACAUUAGUAAAUAUACAAUAUUUAUUGUUUAGUAUACUAAAGCUAAUAUGUAAUUUUAGUAAUGUUUUAUAAGUUAACCCAGUAAUCAAAAUAAUUUGAUUUUCAUAUUUUAAUACCAAAAUGUAUGUAUCAGCGACCCUUUAGAAGUUGAAAUUUAAAAUUCUGGUUUCAAGGUUUACGUAAAUCUGUUCAUCCACUUCUAUAUGAAUAUUUUGACUUUGUAAGCAUCUAGAAGCAUAGAUUUGGUUGUAGAUAAUACAUAAACAUUGACUUUUACACUAUAUAGAGAAUACCCUACAGGUACAAGACUGUGUGGUACAAAAAACAGUGGUGAUCGGAUUUCAAUAGACUAAUUAAUAAUAAUUGAUUUUUAGUCCUUAAAAAAUUUUUUUAUUUUACUUUAGUAUAUAAGUGCCAAGUUAUUAUUCGUUCUAAACUAUUUUUAGAGUAAGAACACAUCAAAUGGCAGACUACAGCCUGUCUGUGCAUGCAUGUCUCUACUGACUGAUUAUUAAUAACCAAUCACAGAACGUUUAGCGCUGUAUGGAUACAUGGUGCGAUGUAUUCUUAUUCUGAAAAUGGUAUAAAUGGAUUUCCCCUUUAUGUCCGAUUCAACUGUUGCUCUUGACUUUAUAGUGCUCAUGCAUUAAAAUAAGAUAGGUAACACAAGUCUUUUAUCAGAGAUGAAAAUAUGUAUACAUUUUAAAUACCUGUUGUGUUACGAGGUAAAAGUGUACUUUUUAUAUAUUUAAUUAGGUACCUAUAAUUAAGUUUAUUUUGUUUUAUGGCCUAUAUUAUAUAAACCAAAGUAAUGAAGGAC